AAACUGACGGUUCUCAAACGUCCACUUUUCUUCUCUCAAACCCCUUCAACUAAUAAAUACUACGCCUACUCUCAACUCUCUCCGAUCCCUUCUCUUCUAUUCAUCGCGAAUUUAAUCGGUGAUCGCCGGCUUCCCACUCCGUAAGAUCUCCGUCCCAUCAUACAAAGAUGGGGUUGUCUUUCACCAAGCUUUUCAGUCGCCUUUUUGCUAAGAAGGAGAUGCGUAUUUUGAUGGUUGGUCUCGAUGCAGCUGGUAAAACCACCAUUUUGUACAAGCUCAAAUUGGGGGAGAUUGUAACCACUAUUCCCACCAUUGGAUUUAAUGUGGAAACCGUUGAGUACAAGAACAUCAGCUUUACUGUAUGGGAUGUUGGUGGUCAGGACAAGAUUCGCCCUUUGUGGAGGCACUACUUCCAAAACACACAAGGGCUUAUCUUUGUGGUUGAUAGUAACGAUCGUGAUCGUGUGGUGGAAGCUAGAGAUGAACUUCACAGGAUGCUUAAUGAGGAUGAGUUAAGAGAUGCAGUUUUGCUUGUGUUUGCCAACAAACAAGAUCUUCCAAAUGCCAUGAAUGCUGCUGAGAUUACUGAUAAACUUGGCUUGCAUUCUCUCAGACAGAGACACUGGUAUAUUCAGAGCACAUGUGCCACCUCUGGUGAGGGUCUAUAUGAAGGUCUGGAUUGGCUUUCCAACAACAUUGCUAACAAGGCUUAAAAGAGAGAUAGACAUCAUGGUCUUCUUACUGGGUUACUGCAGCUACUAUUAGAGUGUUUGUUUCUAAAUCUUUGGAGUUGUGGGUGUUAUAUGUAAACCUAAAAUUUGUGUCACUUUUUACAUAUUUUCAAGAUUGAGAUGUCUUACUCUUAUGGAUGAGUAGUGUUUUGUUUUUUUAGUUGGUUUAUGAUUAAAAUCCAUAUUCUGUGGAUUUAGUUGCAAUAAAUUAAUACAAGCAUGCUUAUUUUUAGUUUUUAAAUAAAAAUUAAUCAAAAUGAA